GGUCAUUUGCAUCAUCACAGAGCCCAGAGAUACCUCACCAUACAAGAAAUGCCUGCCCAGAAAAGCAUUCCUUCCUUUUACUCUUCCGUGCAAUAUGAAACAUCAUAACCAGAAAGAAAUAUGACUACAUCCUGCUUGCCAUGAAGCAACUUCGAGGACACAAGUACGGAUGUCAAGAGGCCGCUGGUGUGUUGCAGGGUCCUUGCAGGGAGAGACUGCACAAAGCUCUAGGAAGUGGACUGCAAUGGCGAAUUUCAAAGGUCAUGCCCUCCCAGGCAGUUUCUUCCUCCUCUUUGGACUCUGGUGGUCUGUGAAAUAUUCAUUCAAGUAUCUCAGCCAGAAGUUGAACAGGAAGUGCCAUAGAAACCGCUGCUAUCAGCGCCUGGAUGUCAUUGAAGGGGCAGCCAAAGUCAUCUUUGCCUUAAUAGGGAUGCUGGCUGAGCAGUUUGUCCCCGAUGGUCCCCACAUGCAUCUGUACAGCAGCCAGGAACACAGCUGGGUGAAGCUAGCAAAUUGGCAGCACACAACCAUGUAUCUGUUCUAUGGGAUCUCAGGUGUUGUGGAUGUGCUCUCGUACUCCCCACUCAAACUGCCCCUGGGACUAGAUCGGCUCAUGCUUUCUGUUGCUGUGUUUGUUGAAGGUUUUCUCUUCUAUUACCACGUCCUUCACCGCCCCAUGCUAGACCAGCACAUCCACUCCCUGCUGCUCGUUGCCAUUUUUGGUGGGGCCUUCAGCAUCUUACUGGAAGUCUUCCUGCGGGACAAUGUGACCUUGGAGCUAUUUAGGGCUAGCCUCACCAUCCUUCAGGGAACGUGGUUCUGGCAGAUUGGGUUUGUAUUGUACCCACCAUGGGGAGGCCCCGACUGGGAUGAAAAGGACCACGACAACAUUAUGUUCAUCACCAUGUGCUUCUUCUGGCACUAUGCAGCUGCUCUUCUCAUCAUGGCCAUAAACUACACUCUGACUUACUGCUAUAUCCAGAAGUGCAGGAGAAUCAGCGGAGAAAUGGAUAUUGGACUUGGGGUCCGGAAGCAGAAAAAUGACCAAGGCUCCCAUACUGCCCUCUUAAAUGAAUCAGAUGAGGAGUGAAGAUGGCGCAUCUCAACUCCCUGCUCUUAUUUUUUUAAUACUUUAAGAAUGAUUUUUUUAAAUAAAAUCGAAGUGAUAUUUAUAUCAGAAUAUCACUAGAUAAAAGGUCCCACAGUUCUGCUGUGGAAUAGUAUGCACUGAUUUAGGAUACGUGGAUGACAUCCCUCUUGUGUAAAUUCCCUCAGGAGCUUUGCAUCUGAAAUGUGGAAACAAUAUUCUAUUUCUGAUCACCUUAAAAGCCAAAAUCAAGUGCAAAAAUUCAGGACAACAUUAGCAGUUUGGCUGAUAGCGUCUUGCAUCUGUGUUUCCGUGGCAAUGGACUAAACCCAUAUGUCAGUCAAGAUUUCAAAGUGCUUGAGGCCUGACCUUUGAUUGCAGUUGGAAAAACCUCCUGAUUGGGGUUCAUGAACUCCGACUCCUAGGACCCGAGGGAGUCAGAAGGGUCACCCCAGGCAGGAAGAGAAGUGGAGAAUGCUAAAUGCCAAAACACGCCAAAGAAUCUGUAACAUCACUGUGUAAUUGUGCUAUGGAGAUUUUGUACCAGCUCUGUCAGUUUAAGCAUCUUUUUGUAUUUCUGAUGAGUGCCUUAAAGCCCGAAAAUGAUGAGAAAUCCGAAAUAAAAAAGUCCCCAUUGACGUGG